AUGAUUAUUGCUUGUGAUUAUUAUUAUUGCUGGGAACAUCGACCCCGGACCCGAAAUGAAAUGAAACCUGCAGGAUUUGCAGUCUCUCCGCUGCAGGCCCUACGCGCUUCUGCCUCCGUCGCUCCUUCUCUCCGUCGCUCCUUCUCCCCUUCCUGCAUUUGCAUUUGCCACCUUUCUGGCUCUCGUCCUGCCUACAUAUUCAGCGCUUCUUCUCGCUGCCUCGUUCUCUCAUCCAGAUACACCAACAAGACACCAAGCUUUGCCUUAUCCUCUCCCGCAUACACUGAUUGGGCGCCUUAUCCCGCGAACUGCCUGAGCACACCCUUCGAUCCCCACGCUGCAAACGGGUUUGCAUACCCUCUUCAUCCUCUAUCGCGCUUCAACAGCGAAUUCAUAACCAGACUUGCCGGCGGGAGGAGCGAAUAG